AUUUCUGUCCCGUUUUCUCUCUCCCUCGCUCAGUCCUUCUCCACUCAAAAAAAAACCGUCCCUCUCUCUGCCUCGUUCUCAAUCUCGGAUCUAGAUGUUCUCAGAAGAAGAAAUAAAUCUUGAUCUAGAUCCCACCGCCCCAAUCCUCUCCCUUCCAUGGCCAGAUGCCUUCCCUUCCCCGGCGAGCAGCUCCGCUCGACCCUCUUCCACCCCUUCUUCGGAGGUCGUGGGCGUCGCCGGUGGAGCUCAUCCAUCAUGGGUCGUGCGACGACCAUCGUCAUCCUUCUCUGCCACCCCCCCCCCCCACACACACACAUCUUCUUAAUUCGUUCAGAUUCUACCAUUAUUUCUAAUCUGCUUUCUCGAUUAUGCAGGUGCUAAUAUGUAAUUCAUGGAUGUCCGAGGAAUCACUCAUUCGUCUCCCAGCCUUCUGUGCCAUGUCGCCAAACUAAAGUGGAUUUGCGAGAACAGUUCUUAUUUCGUUUUCCCCGUCCUCUUCCACAAGGCCAUAUUUGUGGUUGAAGUUGAUUUUAUGGUUGCUCAAAGUUCUGGAGCGAGCUGGAUGGAUUUUGAAUUGGUUCCUUUCCAUCAUACAUGGCUCGUGGUUCAAGUUUUAAGGUGUUAUAUGCUACAUGGAUUAGCUGCCUCACCCUCUGAACUUUUUAGCUCGGGUAGCGGGGAAGACACCCGCGCCAAUGGCCGUGCGGAACUCGCUGCCUGCGGCCACGCAUCCACUUGCAACCGGGCUGUGGGCGAGCCUGCUAUCACAGUCCUCGGAGGGUUCUGGCCACACUGGUCCCUGCAUGUGCACCCGCUGGGCGCGGCCUAGUCACCAUCGUCCAAGCCCACCAUCCCAUACCGCAUCAUGUCAAUAGGCAGGCUACAGAGGCAACAUAAUCGUCCUCCUGCAAUGGCUUAGAUACAAAAGCUCUAGAAUCAAUUUAACAGUCACAAAUAUGUGAUCAAGGUUGUCAGAAUCGUGAUUUUGAAUCAGAUCGGAGCUCUGAUGGUAGGAUCGCAAAUCGUAGAAUCUUCACUAUCAGGAUCGUAAAAACGUAUAUUCUAUGAACUAAAAUCGUAGAAUCAGAGGGGUUAGUUUGGAUCAUAAAGUCGUAGAAUCGUAUAACAGAAUCGCGAUUCUGACAACCUUGUAUGUGAUUGUCUCCCAAGUCGACUGUUAAAUUGAUUCUAGAGGAGCACUAUUAAAUCACACAUUUGUGGCGACGUCUUGCCUUGAGGAGCACUAUUUAGCUGUCGGCUGGAGCUUCUGAUGGUGAGUUCUUUGGCUAUAUGCACACUACUACUUGUACCAAAGUGAAUACUUUUUGGAGUUGAGUUUCACCCACCCUUGGUUACUCUUGGCUAUUAUGUACUCCCUCU